AUGAAAACCACUGAGGAGGACCACCACUCAUUUUCCCCUACUGUUGGAAGUGGUGGUGGGAACACAUUCGUAACAGAAGGAAUAGGCAGAAUAACAGCAGUUCGGGUUUGGGAAGCGUUCAAAGCUUUCAUCGUUGGAAUUCAGCUGCGCUGUGAAUACGUGUGGACCAAUGUGGUGUCUGGGAAAUACUCUAACUUCAGCUUGCAGUUGAUCUUCGUGACCAGCAAAGGCCGCCUUUUGAUUUGUUGCCAGCGGGGACAGGAGAAGAUGCCGAGCUCCGACUCCUCAGUGGCCGCUUCAACGGAAAUGGGAUUACUGCAAUGGGAGCUCAUUGGGGAGUGACAAGCAUGCC